UUGCGAGCAGCCAUGUCGGGCUACGCGCCAUACCGCCACCAGCCGUUGAAAGCGCUGUACCUGACCUACGAGCUCUUCACCACGACCUUCAUUCGUCUUCCCUAUUGGCUGCUUGCAUCUGUUGUCCCAUCACUGCGCCCGCGCCGGUCGUGGGGCUUCCGCAAGGCCAUGCAAGUUCGCAUUCUUCGGAGAUUUACGGGGCUCUCUAAUGCGGUCGGGCCAAUUGCCAAACUCCCCAACCACCUCGCGUUAGUGACGGGUGUCGGUUAUCAUGGCGUUUGGGUGCCUCCAGUUCAAGAAGACGCGAUACAAGGCCAGCUCAGCACUUGGAUUUCUGUUGCACAAGUCUCCCCGACCAGAUUACCGGGUUACUGGCUCCACAAACCCGAUUCGACCAUAAAUUUGGAAGCCGCUCUAAUGCCCGGCGAGAAAAUUAUCUACGCGCUCCAUGGAGGCGCGUAUACUCGGCUAUCGGCGCAUCCUUCCGACUUGACUGCUGGGAUUGUCCGAGGCUUUUUGAACACAGUGGACUCUGUCCAUCGCACGUUCUCUAUCGAAUAUCGACUGUCUUCGACGCAUCCAUUUGCAGUUGAACACCCGUUCCCUACCGCCCUUGUUGACGCGCUUGCCGGCUAUGCGUAUCUCUGCAAUAAAUUCCCCUCGUCAGAAAUAAUUGUCGAGGGAGAUUCAGCUGGAGGCAAUCUAGCAUUGGCAUUGACGCGUUAUUUGGUUGAAUACACCAACCCCAAGCUCCCUCCUCCUGGAGGGCUUCUCCUGCUGUCGCCUUGGUGUGACAUGGGUCGUUCUCAUCUUACACCCGAUUCCUCCUUCCGCUCCUGCGCCGAUUCGGACUACCUCCCCGCGAAAAUAUCAGGCUCUCUUUCCUACCCAGUUGCCGCCUUCACGGGACCGUUCGGUAUUGGCGCGGCCGAGCUAAACCCAUACAUCUCUCCCGCAAGCAAACGUCUAUUUUCUCCACCCUCGUUUGCUGGCUUCCCACCGACAUUCAUUUCGUGCGGAGGCGCGGAACUGCUCCGCGAUUCGAUCCGGACUCUGCAUCACAGAAUGGCACAAGAUGUCAGGGUUGAGUAUCUGGAAGCGCCUGACGCGGUGCAUGAUUUUAUUGUUUUUGAGACGCAUGAACCAGAGCGAAGUACCUCUUUGGCAGCUAUUGCGAAGUGGAUAGGCACGUUACCAUAG